ACGUGGUGUCUGACCUGGUACAUAAUUUUAAAGGUGACAUGGGUCAGUGGCUCUCGUGAAAUUAUGGGAUAUGUGAUAACACAUUUGUAGCAGACGACAUAUAUAUUUUAACAAGAUCGCUGUUUUGUUGUGUUAAUUUUUAGCUUAGCUAAGAAAAAAAGAUUAGUCAAGAUUUUCAAUUUUCGGAAGUUGGGAUUUUUUCAUCGUCAAAAAUAUCAACAAAGUGAUAAUACUUCGAUUUUAUGAGAAGUAUCCGGAUACGAUGAUACGGAUUCUAGGGUUAACUGGGAGAUGACAUGCGCAGACGCCCUCUUGGAGCAAGUGAUAAAACGUCACUUCCUGUUGUUCUCGCUCUACUUGUUUGCACCACGUGAUUUAAAAAGAGCCAAUCCAUGGCCAGCUACGCCUGGAGCGUAUUGUUAUUGUUGCCUUUUGUUUUAAUAGCAGAACUGAUACCACGUGUGGCGGCCGCGUGUAAUGUCACACUGACGUCUGUCAAGGUAGAACUGCCACCUGUCUCUGUCAGUGGCAUCUGUCAUGACGGCUCCGGGGUGGCACUUGUCAUCGCCUGCGGAGAUGUCAUCUGGGUAGAGAAGGUUCCAGAUUUAUGUAGGCGUGGCCAGAAUCAUGGAGCAGCUCAAAUGCGUCGCGCCCUGCCCGCCCCCACCGUCACCAUACAGCUGGUCCAGGGUGACGCGGUGCUGGACGCCGCCAGGGUCAACGUGACCCAGACCUCCAGACAGUACAACAUACUGGUGGUGGGCCAGCAAAAUACCAGGUUUGUGUUGAGCCUAGAGAGCCAGUGUAUAGCCCCGCACACUGAAGACAGCAGCCCCAACAGUGGUGAGGCGAGCUCCGACUUUUUACCCAGCACAAUCAACAUGGCCGCCAGCGGGGACUCCAAGAUCCGACUCCCCAGCCGACUUCCGGAAUUCGUGCAUAAAAAUAAACUCCUACGACCUAAUGACAGUGUAGCUCCCGUGUCAAGGCCGACGACCAAAAGGUCGCAAACUGUAACAACAAGUAAAAAAUCACAAACUGUUACAACAAGUAAUAGGUCACAAAGUGUAACAUCAAGCAAAAGGUCACAAACUGUAACAAGUAGAAAGUCGCAAAGCGUAACAAGCAAAGACAAAAAUAGAUUCGCCACGACUUUUCCGGGCGACGUCACGACGUCACCGACACGUGAACGUGCAACCCAGGUGACGUCGCCGGACAAUCCUGCGAGUCUGGAACUGGACAAGCUCAAGUGGAUGGAGGACCAGCGUCAGCUGUUCGAGCUGCGCAGAGAGACGGUGCGCAGGUUGUACCCCGGGGACGGGGACUACAACGACUACAGCCCGGGGGGCGAUGACGUCACUUCCACACACACGACUCAUGUUCCUGUCACCCCACCACAGGACCCUCCCCACCUCCGGUCUACAACUCCAGCAACAAUUUUACUCAAACCGGAAGUGAAGCAAGUAAUUAAUCUAAAGACAAAAAAUCAAUUAAAAUCUCAAUUAGAUGCCGCCAUAUCCGCUCAAGUGAUUAAGCCAGCACAUAUAUCCUUUCGUACACUUAAUAACCCAAGUGGUGAGGCUUUCAUACCACGUGAUAUCACCACGUGGUUACCCCAAGAAGACAGCCGAAUUUCCGUUUCUAAAAAUGAAACGGCGGACUUUGUGUUUCUUAACGCUCCGCAGUCGACAGAUGGUACAGCAUUAUCCCAACGCGGUGUGACGUCAUCCCCACUCAACAACGAAGACGCCGGUGUUGUGACGUCAUCGCCGCUCACCAACGAAGAUACUGAUGUUAUGACGUUAUCACCGCUCACUAAAAAAGACGGUGGCGUCAUGAAGUCAUUACCACUCACCAACGAAGCUCUGACAGAAGCUGACUCCAACAACGUCGCUUUGUUUUUUUCUGGGCUGCUGGCCAAUUCCGAAAAUGUUUCGUCGGUCGCCGCGGAGAUCGUUCCGGAACCAACUUCCGGUUCGUCCAAUCCCGGAAGUGGAACAGAAGUAUUAAUCACGGGCACCACUGGGGAAGUGACGUCACCCGUGUCAAACCUGCCUACGUCAUCGCACCCACAAACAACAGUCAGCGACUCGGACACUUCGCCACUAGAGGUCACCACGACCCUCCCAACGCCAUCGACAACACAAGUGACGUCAACAACGAGACUACAGGAUCCUGUUACGUCAGCGGGAACCUCUACAACCACACAGACGACUCAUACUACUCCUACGACUACGAUACCUACUACUGUUACACGAACGACUACGAUACCGACUACUGUUACACGAACGACUACGAUACCGACUACUGUGACAUCAACUACUACAACACCGACUACCAGGACGUCCAUUACAAGCGCGCAGACGACAUAUAUAUCCUCGACAUUGUCCGGGACACGUCAAUCUUCAACAACUUCCGCAGUCACCACAUCCACACCAUCACCACAAGCGGAACCUUCGACAUCACCAUCCCAGACCUCGUCGCCUCUAGAACCCAUCUCCCCCACACUCCCCCACACAGACCCCACAACCCCACCCUUCCCAUUCUUCACCCUCCCCUUCCCCACCAACCUCCCCAGCGGCGUAUCCACCAACACCAACACUUCCAGCAGCGACGACGCCAUCAACGACGACGCGGUCUGGCCUGUAGUUGCCGCCCUAGUCGUGGGGAUUCCUGCGGUCAUCGUCAUCGGAAUUGCCGUCGUCGUCAUCCAGCGCAGAAGUCAACCCACUCUAGGCAGGUCUUUCCAAAUGAGGAAGUUACCAAACAACAGCACGCCAAAAUUAUCGGUCAGCAGUGACACCAUUAGGUCCACCAUGAUGCAUUCUACGUCCAUCGAUGUAUGAGGUUCGAUCAUUUAGACCCUAAAACAUUUUCAGCACCAUUGCGUUUGUCUGCAGUAUAAAAACUAAACUGGAUUCUAAAGUUUCUGAGAUUUAGUAUAGACACGAAAAAUGGACUGAGACUUGAGGUAAAGCUCAGUUAAAUUGGUUGCCUUCCUAAAGGUCUUCAACGGCAUAAAAGAGAUUUUAAUUUUAUAAAAGCAAUGGCUGUAGUGGUUCUGCAGAAGAAAGAAAAUAGACAUCAACAAAUUCAUAUUAAGUAAAAUGUGAGGAUUUUUACAAACUGUGAUUUUUAAAAGUGUGAUAUGAAAAACCAAGA